AUGUUCGGUCCUCAUCAGGAAACAGUUGCCCAAAUAAAGCAGUCCUACGAAGACGCCACAAAAACAAUGUUCGAUAAUCUGAGUGCCGAUGACUUGUCAGCUUUUGUUGACAUCCAGAAGGAAAACGGCGAUGCCUACGCCGACACCGAAGCUCUGGUGCCGAAAUUGCGAGAAAAAAUGACCGACAUCAUGAUGAAAAUGCACUUGAGUUUCUUCGAAGGCAAUGAUAUUGAAAACAAACUGUUGGCUCUAGAAGUGCUCAAAGAAAAGUUCGCCGGUCAAGAGGGCAAGCAAUGGAAUGUCAAUGAAAUGACCCCCGAGGAGCUAACUCGUCCCCUACGCAUACAGCUUAUGGACUCCAGCAUUCGCUAUAUGGAGCGAAAGAUAGAAACUCAACAAAAGAAGCUCGAGAUGGCACUGGAAAAGAGCCAAGCGAACCGGGAACGUCUUCAAAAUAUACAAAACGAACGUGUAAAACUUAACGCCAUAAUGGAGCAGCAGUUGGCGGAGUUUAAGGAAAUAAAACCACAAAUAUUGGACUUGCAAAAGUCUUUAAUUGAUUCCAUUAGCCAACCAGAUUGUUAGUUUUC